GCCGAGUUUCUUGCAUCAUACUUCAGUGCAAGUAACGCAUACUGCGUCACCUACCCCUACACUACCCGCACCCAAUCCCUAUAGCGAAAGCCUCGUGACACAAGACACGCCCCCAGUUGCCAUUAAAUAUACUUACUUGGGCUGUCAGCGGGCACCAUUUUACACCACGCGUAGUCGCAUCGGGUUUCACUGCCGUUGGGGGUGUGUCUCGUGUCGUCAUCACAGAUCUCGCAACGCGCCUGCGUUUUAUAUGCGGCCGCACUCAGCGCUCCGUAUGGCUGGAAAAAGGGGCGUAGGGUGGCUCGACGAAUCCAGAGCGGCGCACAGAACACGGCCCCAUGACGUCGACGGAAGGCUCGCGUCUCGUCCGCUUCGCCAGCGCGCACCCGGUCCUGCAAGUCCUCAUUGUCGCAGGAUUGAUGCUUCAAUGCUCAUCGGCGCUGCGGCUGCUGAAGGUGAAGGCGCCGCCGACUGUGCUGUACGGUGGCGUCGCCAAGCUAGAUUGCCAGUACGACCUCGAGUCCGACUCCCUGUACGCCGCUAAGUGGUUCAAGGACGGGCACGAGUUCUACCGAUACAGGCCUGGCGUCGGAGUCACGACCUUCCCCGUGCAGGGUGUCACUGUGAACAACUCGGAGUCUAUCGGCGCGGCGGUCUACCUGCAUAACCUGACUCUUCAAAGUUCGGGGCUCUACAAUUGCGAGAUAUCAGCAGAGUCACCUUCGUUUCAAACAGUCAUCGGAGUCAAACAAAUAAACGUCAUAGCCCUCCCAAGACACGGACCACGCAUCGAGGGCGCCAGAAGGCGAUACAGAGCCGCCGAAACGGUCAGCCUGAACUGCACGUCAGGAAAAUCCAAACCGGCGCCGGUCCUUCGAUGGUUUGUCAACGGCGCUUUGGUGACGGACUCCAAGAGUCAAAGUGAUCUCACAACCGUUAAGCACGACGACGGUUUCGAAACGGUGUCCAGGAGGCUUCAGUUUGUGGUGACCGAAGAUCUCUUCGAUCGAAACGAAGACAUCAAAGUGAAGUGUGAAGUCAGUGUUCCGAACGUAUACGUGAUGAGCGACGAAAAGGUACUGCUGGAAAAACCGCAGGACAGCGUUGUGGAAAUAAGAGACCUGGACGACGACUGCCUGGCUAAGAUUAUUUCCUUCAUCACGCGGCUGUGGAUGAGAGAAAACGACGGAGAAGACUGACCGAAACUGGUCGUGUACAGCGCAGCUCUUUACGGACAUGCCGGUAUUUGCAGUCGAAGCUAAUCAGAAGAUAGACAUUCCGUCAAAUAAAUGAGAUUCUUCAAUGCA